AUGCUGCUCGCAGCCGUUUUUCUUGUUGGCCUUGCGACGGCGGCGCGAUACUGCUACGAAGCGCCCACAAAACUUGCUCUUCCCUCUUGCACGACUGCAUGCUUGGGAACUGAUACCUCCGUCCUUGAUGGUGUCUGUGCAGAUAACCUUAAGGGAAUUUGCGAGCUAGAUGGCGGAGUGGCUUCAUUCUUCCGUGUCUAUUCGAAGUGCUUGACGCAACACUGUCAGGAUCAGACACCUCGUGCCGACUUCGUACAAGCGUUCCAAUACCAGUGCGGUUGGUACGACAGCAUCACCGAUGUUCAAGCGCGAUACUUCGGAGAGUGGCAGAUUUACCUUCAUCCAUCAGACCUCAAUCCACAAAGAUCGAGCACCGUGACGCAACGAGUGACAUCCUUUGUCACCAUCACAUCCUCCAGCGCCUCAAAGACGGUCUCCACUGUCACCCUUAUUGGUGGGCCCACCGCUGUGAGCUCGAAAGUGUCCGCGGAACCCUCGGUCUCAACACUGUCGACUCCACCUACGACUACAAGUGCUAGUGCUCAGACAGUGACUGCUGUGGGCGAUGAGACAUCCUCGAACGUGCUAGAUAACGGAGCCUCCUCGACCUUGCAAAUCAGCAGUAGUAUUUACACACGCGGCCCUGCCUCUCCAGCACCUGUGCAUUACAAGGAAACGGAGUCAGCUCUCAGCGGAACGGCCAUCGCCGGUAUAGCCGUCGGAAGCACAUGUUUUGUCGCCGUCUCAUUUGGUGCUAUCUUCCUCAUCUUGCGUCGACGAAAGCGUAGUCAACCUGGAGGGCCACGCUCUAUGUCGCCACCAAUCCAUGAGCGCGGAGGUGGCAAGGAGCCAUAUGAGAAGGCGGAGCUUGCCGGACAAGAGGUGGAGCCACGUUCGCCUGAAGCUGUCGUAGACGCACCGGUUGGACGUGUCGAACUGGAUGCUGGCUCUCCGGUAAGCCCAGUCUGGGAGCCGGUGCAUGUGAGCACGAGCGAGAGGAGGGCAAAGGUUGCGCAAAAUUUCUGA